GUUGAAUAUCAGUGUGAAGGCUUUCUGGAAAAGAACAAAGACACUGUUUUUGAAGAACAAAUUAAAGUUCUUAAGUCAAGCAAGUUUAAGAUGCUACCAGAACUUUUUCAAGAUGAUGAAAAGGCCAUCAGCCCAACUUCAGCCACCUCUUCGGGGCGCACACCCCUCAGCCGCACUCCAGUAAAGCCCACUAAAGGCAGACCAGGCCAGAUGGCCAAAGAGCACAAGAAAACAGUGGGGCACCAGUUCCGAAACUCCCUUCACCUGCUAAUGGAGACCCUCAAUGCCACCACCCCUCACUACGUGCGCUGUAUCAAGCCCAAUGACUUCAAGUUUCCUUUCACGUUUGAUGAGAAGAGGGCUGUUCAGCAGCUGAGAGCAUGUGGCGUCCUGGAAACCAUCCGAAUCAGUGCAGCAGGCUUCCCCUCCAGGUGGACUUAUCAGGAAUUUUUCAGCCGUUACCGGGUCCUAAUGAAGCAAAAGGAUGUACUGGGUGACAGAAAGCAAACCUGCAAGAAUGUGUUAGAGAAACUCAUACUG